AUGGCAACUCUAACAACAAAUUUUGUUCCACAGCCAGCGGUUCAUAAAUCUACAGCGGAUCGAUCGCUAAAGAAGUCAAGGAAUGCUAAAGAUAUGCCUUUACCGGAAGUACCAAAAGUCAUAGAUAACGGAAGUGGGAAGCGAUACUUUCGAGGCAGAUUGCUUGGAAAGGUGAGUAUUGUGCCGUAGAUUCUUUGUUAGACUUAAUCAUUACAUCAACGCCGCUUCAAUCUAUCUUUUGUAGCUGUAGGUAAACAUCUGAAACGCCAUUUUAAUGGAAAAUUAUAGAGCUGUAUUAUCUUACAAAGCUGUUCGUUCUCCAUCAUCUUACAGUCACUGUGUAGUGCUUUCUAAAAUCUGUUCAUGCAAUCGUCGAUCUGAAAUAAUUGCUUAAAGAGCUGAUUUUCAAAUUAAAGCGAGAAAAAUUGUAGUUAACUUGUCAUUUGCUGCACGUCAGUGGAUACUGAACUUCUGAGUGAAUUUUCCGGGAAGAUUGUCUAUCCCGACACCUUAUUUUAUAUGUAAUAUUUCUCAGAACUUUCGGACCAAGAUGUGGUCGAGUUAAUGAUAUGAUAUUAUUGAACACAACUUCAAUAACUGAAUAAACUUAAAGUAUCGAUCAGAGAACGGACAAGAAAGAAAAGAAAAGUCCAAAGCGCAGUCGUUGUUUGUUUUUCUUAUUAUGAGCUGUAGGUGGGGUCUCCACCCAUGUUCUUGAACAGGUCUUUGUGGUUCAGUUGGCCAAUUUCUGUACUCACAAAGGAAACUGUUUAAGUAAGGAGAAAGAAGUUAUCAUUCGAUAAUACAUGCAAUACUAGCGUGCUUAUAGCUUACUUGGAUCUUUCCCACCUGCUUUCUCCAAUAAUUAACACCAAAAGAAAAGAUUUAGGUUGCAUAUCUUUUGUAUGACAUACCUGCAUGUGCGCAGCAUAAGUUGCAGCAAACUUGUUCGGUAAUACGUAGCCUGCGAACGAACAGCAGUCGGCUCUCCUCGCUGCUCGCCGCUUAGGACGUUUCCCCAGGAGGGGCGAAACAUCCCCAGCGCAGGCUACGAAAUCACACUUAGGCGAAACAUCUGUUGAUUUACAACACCCCCGACUGCUGAAAAUCUUCAUUGAGGCUACCAAUUAAAUUCUUCAUUUUCAAAAAUUUUAUAUUAUACCAGGUUUGAGAGAUUCAGUCGCGGUGUCUAGCAGCAUUUUUUGUUAUAUUUAUACAGUUACUUUGCCGCAUAAUAGUUUGAUUUUUAUUUUUCUGAAAAAAAGUGUAAGAUCGCCAAAUACCCAUUAUUCACCAGCAUGAAUAGGGUGGUUUUCUUUGGCGAAGGGUCAAAAAGCAGCACCUUGUCCAGCCUAUUGUAUAUUUCUUUCAUGUAAAUUAUGUCCUAACGAUUUGCACACGCUGGUGUCGGUCACCCACUAUAGAGCACUCACUUGACUUAGGAGACAUGCUUUAUUGCAAUAUAAUAAACUAGUUCUGACCAUUUAUAGCUAGGGAAUUUCUUUUCACCUAUUUUUUAAAAACUAAUCUUCGUCAUUUUCACCUCGGAACGUGUUACAGUUCAACUAUGCGAUCAUAACAAUUAAACUCGUUCUAAUGUGUUUGUUUUGACACUCAGGGCGGGUUCGCUCGUGUCUAUGAAGUCACAGACAUGUCAACGAACAAAGUAUACGCUCUCAAAGCUGUGCCAAAAGUAAAACUCUCAAAAUCUGCGGAUAGAUACAACAAGGUAAGAUCUACUUUUUAGCGAAAUGUAGCCUAUGUUCCCUGUGUUGAACUUUUUUCAAACAAAUUGCUAUUCGCGGCAAGAAGCAGAGACCAUGCAUAUAGCAAGUGCACGCGGACACGAAGUAUAAAUUCUUACCUCAAACCCAGACCACAUUUGAGACUUACAGAAAGAGUGAGAUCUGGGCAGGAGAUAACUAAACCUACUUGGCUCUUACGACUGCCCCAGCGAAGCGUUAAUUCCAACACCUCUAUUGUUCCUGUAGUUCACACGUACAGUAUGCUCCUUUGUAGAUCGAAACAGAAAUCGAGCUGCACAAGAGUCUUCGUCAAAGACACGUAGUUGGUUUUCAUGGUCAUUUCGAGGACGAACAGCAUGUCUAUAUAUUAUUGGAACACUGCAGCCGUAAGGUAAUGAUGAGGAAGUAUAGUUUGUGCGUGAAAAAGAACAACAUUUUGGGUGAAUACUCGUCGUUUUUAAGCCAAGCCUUAUUUACACCUCGACUGAGUAAACUUGUAUCGAAACGACCGGUAAAACAUAAGCAGUUUUCAGUUUACGUACUGCAAAAAAUAUAUAUUUUGUUGUUGUUUUGGUUUUAAUCUGUUUGUCAAAAAGGCUGCUUACUCUUUUUAAUUUUGAAAACUGUGGAAGGAGGCCAGUCUCUUAAUCAAUAAACUGAUAAGAAAUUAAUGAUGAUUUAGUGAAUACUUGCAUGCUGUUGCAGUGGAAUUCGGAAAGGCAUAACCGGAGCUCCACUCGGAUUUUAAACCCCUCAUAAUAAGGGUGAAAAACCAAGAUUAAACAACCCGGCUGCAACGGCUCGUAUGUGGCGUUGACCCCGGGCGUUUGGCGUAUAAUCAACGUACUGUUCGAGAUGAAGAGUUUACUUGUGUUUUUUUUUCCUACUUUAUACAGUCCUUAGUACAGACUCUCAAAAAUCGUGGCAAGCUCACAGAACCCGAGGUACGGUAUCUUAUGUUCCAAGCCGUUCAAGCAUGCUCGUAUCUGCACGCUCAGCGGGUCAUACAUCGCGACAUCAAAGUCGGCAACUUUUUCCUCAAUGCCGACAUGGAAUUGAGACUUGGAGACUUUGGUCUGGCAGUGAGGCUGAAGGAAGAAGAGAAAAAGAUAAAGUAAGUGAGGCGGUUAUGAAGGGGAGGGGCAAUGGCGAGAACUAGACAAUGACGCUGCUUUGCUUGCGCUUUCGCAGCUUUCUCGCUCAUUUGCGCGUUCACCAUACAAAAUCGCCAGCUACGCAUGCUACAUUUCUUUGAGAAAAUUCUGUUGAAAUUCUGAAAUCGUAAAUUCAUUCUUUAGCAGGAUUAUGAGAAAUCCCAGUUUUAAUAGGGAUCAAGAUCCCAACGAUUUAAGUUUUGGCACAAAAACUUGUGUGGAUGUGGUAGAUCUGGCGAAUACGCCCAAGGGACACACUCCUUUGUUGGCGAUCUUGCGCAAAGGAAAACCCACAACCUAGUAACGUAUGGAAUCCAUCAAAGAGACGCGAUCCACAAAAGAUAGAAGCUAAUUAGAUAACUAUGUUCAUAGAAUUCCUGAGACGAAUUAUAGUUUUCUAACCGAGCUCGAGCUGACUUUAAUUACUUUAAGACUUCUUUUAUGUCAAAAUUAACAUAGUGUAGGUCACUCGCUUGUUAAAAUGUGCGCAAAAAGAUUGUGGCUUCAAAGGGUUUAUUUCAUUAUUGCACAGGGAGGGCAACAAUCAUAAUCAUCAUCGCAGAGCACUGCAUGACGACUAAAGUAUAAUUUCUUUGUUUUCAUUUUGUUUCAGGACGAUGUGUGGUACCCCAAACUACAUUGCACCUGAAGUGUUAAGUAAAGAAGGCCAUAGUUAUGAAGUGGAUACUUGGGCUUUAGGAUGCGUCAUGUAAGUCACAUUGAAGGUCAUCCCUUUCUUUUCCCAAGUUUCUUGAGAGGCUUAAAAAUCGUAGGUAAUUUACCGACGUGUUUGCUUGUCACUGUAUAUGUUCUUUUUUCUUCUUUCAUAGGUACACUUUGUUAGUUGGGCAUCCCCCAUUUGAAACAAAGUCGUUGCGAGAGACCUACAACAGAAUACGAAACAACGAGUAUACCAUUCCCUCACGUAUUUCAGACAACGCUGCUAAGCUCAUUAAAAGAAUGCUCAAACCGAACCCCGCUGACAGGCCCUCCUUGAAAGAAAUUCUUGCCGACGAAUUUUUCACGAAAGGAUUUUUUCCGAACCGACUCCCAGGUACAUGUGUCACCUCCUCACCAAAAUGGUCCGAGUAUGAAAAAAGCGGAGAAUCUGACAAGAAAAUUUCUAAAGACGCGAUUAAGAAAAUAACAAUUGCACUGUCCCGGCAAAUGAAGCUUGCGAGCGACGAAAAGGACGAUACAAUGGAAAAAGACUGUCGAGUGAAAGAAAUGAAUGGUGAAUGCGGAGGCAAACUUGUGUCUCCUUCUGAAAAAGACAGGGGAAUGAGUCAAAGCAGUUGCACUCCUCGGGAUAAACCUCGGGAUACGCGACAAGAAGGUAGGCUAUUAUCGAGAAACGGGACAACAAAGCAACUUCGUUCCCAGGUUCUCUUCUACACUUUCUUCUCUCGCUCACUCUUUAUCGUCGCGCAAAUGUGUCAGUGUCGUGUUCAAUUGCAUCAUGGGAAAUGUUUGUUGGGGGGUGUGGGCUCAACUAGUGCUUUACAAUGACCUCUGAUCUACGAUAUCGAUAUACGUAUAAAAGAAGACAUUAGGCGUUCCCUAAAAAAAUAACACAAGCAAUUCGACAGCCUCAUUAACUAGUCGUUCGGGAAGUGACGACACCCGUCGAGCUUGUAAGGAAUAUUCGCGUUCGGUUCCAAGCCUCCUAUGUUCCCUCGGAUAGCGUGAAUUGGCCUGGGGACGAGGCUGGCAAUUCGAAACAAAACCGAACCAGUCUCACGGGCGUGGACUUUUUUAUGACUCCUGUAUGGUGACCAACAAUAAUGUCAAUCCGUCACUUUAAGGGAGCCAGCCAUGGGUAUGGCUAUGACAACUACGACUAUUGUCUAUGGCUAUUGUCAAAAUGUCUAAGAUGUUUAAUUGUCGAGCCUUCCCUGAAUCUAAGUGAUGACCUUUCACUGUUCGUUCCUAUUUAGGUCACCCUAAGCCCAAAUACUUUCCGCCGGACGAACUCAUCUGUAAACUGUCCAAGUGUCUCGAAUGCCUAGAAGAAAGUGAACAAAAACUUCCUGUCAAGCCACUGGGACUUUUUUCCAAGAACCCCUCCUGUCAGCCACAAGGAAAUGGAAAGAAAUCAGGGGGGAUACAAACACACGACGAUCUUAAGCCCCUAUUGGUGACCAAGUGGGUAGAUUAUAGCAAUAAGUACGGGUUUGGUGCUCAGCUAUCGGAUGGAAGCUUUAAUGUGAGGUUUAACGACGGUUCGAAAAUUGCUAUAUCUCCUGGUAAAAGGUGAGUGUACGUUGCUCUUUAAACAAAAGUGCGAUGAAUUCCUCGGUCAUUUUCUUAGUGGUUAUAUCGAAACAGAUACUUUGCCUUAGAAUCGCGCAUGUCAGGGACUUUUCCCUCUUGGUGAUUCCAUAUCCUUUGACAAGGGUUUGAAAGAAAGGGAUUGAAAUUGCGACCAGCUUCAGUAUGGCGAUGAAGUUUAAAUACAUGUGUCAUUUAGGUCAUAUUAGGUCAACCCCAUUCUCAAAGACCUCACUCAUACUGCGUCUCGUUUUCAAAAAGAGGCUUUAGGCAACUCGAAAAUGGACUAUAACUCAAUCAAAAGUAGGUUGAAUUUGAUCGUCCGCGUGAACGUAGUCCUGAAUAGGACCGUUGAUGUUGACAGUGACUUAUGUUUCGACAACCUGUGCGGUAGUCAUCUUCAGAGUCAAAGUGAGCUGUAUCACGUCAGUUGAUGGUAUUAUACUCUGGUUAUUGACCUGACUGGUCAAUUACGUCAAUGUUUUGAAUUGUCGUUGAUACUAUUAAAAGUAAAUCGUAUCGAAACAGAUUUCAGAAAUCGAUGUCAUCCGACUCUUGUACGAACACAUUCGACAUCCACGGAUGUUGCACGACCAUUUUGCGAACACCCGAAUGUUCGUAGCUAACAGGCAUUUCUUUCUUUCACUCUUUUCUCUUGACAGUUUUGUGCAUUAUUGUGAUCGACUAAAUAACCCAAGUCAGUUCAGGUCUAACGCCGUACCAACCAGUCUACAGGCAAAGUACAUGUUGUUGACUUACUUUGCUAAUUACAUGGACAAACAUUUGUUAAAGGUAUAAGACUGUUCAUUUCAAAUAACGUGUUUGUUAUGUUCACUAAUACGCGUCCCUCAGAUGUAAACUUUAAACUUCAUUUAUCCAAGGACGUUUGCCAAUCAAACCGUGCGAAACACACCACGCACCAGCACCUAAUCUUUCGCCAUUUCCGCAUUUGCCAUAAUACCUUGUUUGCCCUCCAAAACUUUGCUUAACCUUUUUAGUUUUAAGUUCUCUUGGGUAUUACAUUAGCCUCCUCUACGCGGGCGUUUCUAGGGGAGCUCGUUUUUCAUCCCUUCUGUGGGGAGGGAUGAAAAACGAGCUCCCCUAAAAAAGGCCUGCCUGGGAGGCUAGUAUUACGUUCGUCCAAAAUUUUGCUAAUGGGCAAUAUGGAAACCUGGCUCUCUGCCUCUCACCCAGUUUAUUGCAAAACAGCUGUCUCCUCCGCAGAAGCUCCCGCAAGGUAUCCCAAUUAAAAUAGCAAUGAUCGAAAAAUAGAAAGCGAGCAGGGAACGAUGGGAAGAGGGAAAAGGCGGGAGCCUCUCUUUCUUCCUCUCUUUCCCCUUUCCAUCGUGCCCCGCGCGCUCUCUUUUUCUUUCUCCCCCGACCUCCCUACAACGCAAAGCGGUCUCUGCGGAGGAGAGAGGCAAAACAGCGAAACUUGAAGCAGUCUGUUUCGUAGCCCUAUUUCCAUAUAAGGUCUGACGUUGUUUACAUGAUUGGAUGAACUUGAGCCUGUAAUGUAGUAAAGGUGAUUUGUACAUUUGAAGGUCGUAAAAAAUCUCGGGAAGAGGAUCAAAUUAUGUUGAUAUUUAUUUCUAACUUACUUGGAUCAUAACAUCUUCAAAAACUGUCAAAUUCUUUAACAGGGUGGCGAUUCUAAAGGAGGAAUUUCCGCUGAUCAGCCGAGCUAUCCGUUCGUAGACAUCUGGUUUAGAACAGACAUCACGAUGGUUAUGUAUCUUAGCAACGGAACCAUACAGGUAGUCCAUGGGCCAUUUUCACGAUGACGAGAUUGACGACAACUACCUGAGAAUUCACUUCGUUUUGCUUUCUUAUUGUCAAUCCCGCUGGGGUUUAAAAAACAGUAGCCCUAAAUUUGCAUAAGAAAACAACAAACUAAAGGAUUCUUGAAGUUGUAAUAAAAGUUCGUCAUCGUGCAAUUUUCCUAUUAAUAUUCUCUUUGUCUAAAGUUCAUCGGUUUAAUUGACAUUCAAUCAAACUUGUAUACUCUUCCCUUGCUAGGUAAAUUUCUUCAACGACCACACCAAGAUAGUCCUUAUUCCUGGCAACAGCGAUGUCUUAGUUAUUUACAUCGAUAAGCAGAGAGAAGGAACAAGUUACCUCAUGUCAGAAAUUAACUCACAGGGUUGCACAGAGGAAAUGAUUGAGAGACUUCGAUACUGCAAACGGGUAUUGAAUAAGGUCUGGGACCUUGUUGAAGAGGAGAAGAACACGUGAUUUGAGUCGGAGAACAAAAGAGAUUUUCUAUGAAGAACAAACAAACAAAUAACCAAAAUAUAGCAAAAAGAAAUAUUUUAUAGCAGCCCGCGGAAAACACUAGAAUUUAAAUAUGAAGAGAAUCGAUUGGUGAUGAGUUUAGUUACAACUG